AUGGCCAGUCUCAUUUUCUCCUCAUCGCUUGCUCGUGUUCGCAGUGCUGUACCUCUUCAGCGUGCCAUUGUUGUUGCCCAGCGUGACUUUAAGCUUAGUGUUGGGUCGAUUAAAAAGGGUCAAAUUGUUCAGUUUAAGGACAAGGCAUGGAAGGUCUUGAAUCGUGAUCAUUCCUCUUCCGGAAGAGGUGGAGCUGUCAUCAAGAUGGAACUCCAGGAUAUUCUCAAUAGUGCCAAGAUUAACGAACGAUUUAAGUCGUCUGAUUCUCUUGAGAUCUUGAACCUUCAGGACGAGACUCACCAAUAUCUUUAUACUGAUGGAAACAACGUUCACUUGUUGCAUCCUGAUACUUUUGAAGAAAUUGAAAUGACACUUGACACUUGUGAAGGUGGUGAGCAAGCAGCAGCUCUUCUUGAAGAUGGUAUGCCCAUUGCUGUCAGUUUCUUGACAACCCCUGAGUUAGGCCGUCAACCAGCAACUUUCAAGCUGCCUUCCAGCCAUGUUUUCACUGUAGAAUCUGUAGUUGAAAGAGCUGGCCAGGCUGCCAAAGGAACAGUCUAUAUGACUGCUCGUUUGACCAAUGGAGCAAAACUUCAGGUACCAGAGUUUGUGAACGAAGGUGAUCGUAUUCUCGUUGAGGUUGAGACCAUGAAAUACAUGAAGCGUGAAUUAUAA